CCGCUCUAACAGCAGCAUGUUUCUAGCCACUUCCAAAACUGGGGGAAUGGCGCAGUGGUUAAGCGCCAUGGCUGUUACUUGAGUAACGUAGGUUCGAAUCCUGCUCCCUCCACCUCCUCCCCCGCUUACCCGUGGCAAGGAUAACCCGGCUGGCUAUCGACAACAACCACCCGCCUGUGCCGUCGAGCCCACACUUGUUGGGAACUUCGUCUCCAUGGCUACAAACGACCGACAGCUCCGCUGUUUGGACACAGGCCCCUCUCGAUGAAGAGCCGUCAACUGCCGUCAGACGAAUCCUCCGUGCGCCUGAAGGCACGGGGUCGCGUCAGUGAACAAACCUGUAAGCAGGACCGGGCACGAACCCGGUCAGGCUCGAUUCGCUUCUAUGCCCUUGUUUUCCGCUGUGUAAAUAGAGAAAAUAGAAAGCGCGCCGAGAUACCCCUCGGGAGCCACUUCCAAAAAAUGCGUUUCCUAAGUGCCAUCCUCGCCACUUUCGCCAUGGUUCAAAUCGGUUGGGCGGGAAAUUACGGUGAUUGCUUCGGGCAAAAAAUAAAGGGGAACAGGAUCGUUGGUGCAUACGCUCAAAGGUUUGCUCUCCAGGCUGCCGACGCGGCGUGCUAUACGGAAACUGAUUGAUUCUAGGAGCUGGGGUUGGUGCAGUUAAAGGCUGGCGAACGGCUGCAUUAUUGAUAGGAAGAGCCAUUUUCUGGGUGAAACCAAGCACCUUCUAAACCUCGAGAGCACACCGACACUUUACACGCGUGUCUUCUCUGUAUAUGUCCUAGAAACGUGAGCAGUAGUAGACAUUAUAGAAGCAUUGAUCAAUGGGUAGCAUCUCCUGCUGUCCGCCAUCAACUGACUGGAGAACGCCUGAUGGGGAAAUAGAAAUGUAUAGGGGUGCAAGGCCAAAAAAAAAGUCUUCAAUGGG